AUGAAAGCUAAUCCAGUUGUGAAAGGACCUUCAGGUGAACCGAUUCUGGAUCCGAGUGGUCAAGUAAAACUAAAAGUUGGUGAUAAAAUGUACCGAUUUCAUCAAGAACCUUUCCCACUGUACCCGGGUGAAAAACUAGAGGGAAAUGUUGAAAAUUUGCCCAUCGUAUCACCAAACAUGGCUUUGCGACUGAGNUUCACAGAUGCUGACGGACAAGAGCGCGUAGUUGGUGAGGAAUGGCUGUUUGAGGGUCCAGCAACUUUCUAUCCGCGGAAGGAAGUGGAGAUUGUGGAGACUGAAACAGCCGUUGUUAUCGAACCGAACACUGCAUUAUUGAUUCGGGCCACGAAAGAUUGCGUUGAUCGAUCCGGCAAACAAAGGGUUUUCGGAGAAAUGUGGCUUAUUCGGACUCCGGGGAUCUACCUUCCCGGGGCAUAUGAAACUGUCGUCGAACGGCGUACUGCAUUCAAUAUCACCGACCAGGUUGCUUUACACCUUCGAGCUAAAGAGGCCCACGUUGACGAGUUCGGUCGCACUCAUCGUCGAGGUGAUGAAUGGCUAAUUACAUCCGAGGAUACGGACAGUUACAUUUGCAGCGUGCACGAAGAGGUGGUUGGACCGGUUGGAAUAACCGUACUCAAUUCACAACAGUACUGUGUCAUUUUGAACCCAGUGGAUGAGACGGGUGUACCUCAGCUAGGUGGGAAGAAGCUUGUCCGGGGAGAGAAGUCAUUCUUUUUGAAACCCGGAGAAAGCCUACGAGCUGGUGUUGAGGAUUCUUAUAUUCUACAGCACGACGAGGGCUUGAUCUUACGGGCUGGGGAGCGCUUUGUGGACGAAGUUUUGAUCGAAGUCCGCCGACCAGGGGAUCAAUGGAUGAUUCGUGGCCCUCUGGAAUAUGUGCCCCCAAUCCAAGUGGAAGUCAUCUACCGACGCAAAGCGAUACCGCUUGAUCGCAAUGAGGGUAUUUACGUGCGAAAUACGCGAACCGGUCAAGUUCAUGCUGUGAUUGGCGAGGCCUAUAUGCUUAAUCAUGAAGAGGAACUUUGGCGCAAACGAAUGCCUUCUGACGUGAUUCAGAUGCUUUCGGAAAAUAAAGAUCCGUUAGGCGAUCGUGGGACUUAUGCGACAAAACGUCCCGUCCCGGUCUCUGACGAGCCACUUGAUUUAACUAGGGUCGUCACGUAUCAGGUCCCGCACAACGCUGCCGUGCAGAUCUAUGACUAUCGAGAUAAACGGGCACGGGUGGAGUUCGGACCGACUCUGGUCAUGCUUGGUCCAGAGGAGCAAUUUACCAAACUGAGUUUGAGUGGUGGCAAACCGAAACGACCGAAUAUGAUUCGAAGCUUGUGUCUCUUACUCGGUCCGGAUUUCUGCACUGAUGUGGUCGUUGUGGAGACAGCCGAUCACGCUCGCCUAUCGCUUCAACUGUCUUACAACUGGCAGUUUGCGGUAUCGAAGAACUGCUCACAGGAGGAAGCUGCCAAGCUAUUUGCUGUUCCAGAUUUUGUGGGGGAUGUGUGCAAAGCGAUCGCCUCUCGGGUCCGUGGCACAGUGGCUGCCGUGAAAUUCGACGAUUUUCACAAGGUGAUUUGA